AUGCGGUUUGCGAGCACUUUAAAAAAACACAAGCUGGCCGGGGUGCAACAUGAAGAGACGCAAGGGACGCUGGCAAGACCGCCAAGACAGAACUCAAGAGUGACAAAAGUGACGCUUGUUGCUACCUGGAAGAGAAUGAUUGGACGCCCGCUUUGGACUCAGUGGAUGAGCACACCAACAACGUUGCUUGCUCUCCUGCUGCUCCUGCUCUCCACGAAUUGGGUGUCCUCCAUGAGGACUCGUCAGUGUCCCGAGUCCCUCCAGCGGCUUUUGAGGCUGACCAGACUGGCACAGAAAGAAUCUACGGACCUCGUCAAAACUUACAAAGCCUCACAGGGGGAAAUGUCGGAUGUCUUCUGUCGGGCGUCCCUACAAGACAUCCCCGAGCCCGGCAUCUCCGGCCUGGAACCUUCCGAGCGGAUGGAGAGCAUCCUGGACCACCUGCAGGAAUUCCUACCCCACCUGAGGCGCAUCUACGAACAGCAGAAAGAUCUCCAAGCCCCCGAUAGUCCGGUUCUGGUCCAGCUGGGGCAUGUGAGCCAACGAGGCCGGGACUUGGGAGCACUGGUGCGGGCUUUCUUCUGGAACACCUUCCCCAACCUUCAGGAACCGGCUGAGGGGCCCACAGUCCUGGAACCACCGCCCCAGAACAUCUUCCAGCAGAAGGUCUACGGAUGCGUGGUGGUCAAGACUUACAAGGAGUUCCUGAGCAACGUGGCCCGAGAAUUCAGGAGCCUCAAGGGCAAAGUAUGCAGAGGGAGGAGGCGUCUCAGAUCCAUGUGACACCAGGAAGACUUCAGAGGGACUAACUUGACAUCAGGCCUAUUUAUAAUAUUUAUAUUUAAUAUUUAUUACACAAAUGCUGAGAAACGUGCUAUAUUUUUGCAUUGGGACGAGGGAAUGGACUUCUAGAAGCAUGGAUGUACUAACGUGACCCAGCAGCUCAAUAAAAAAAAUAAGGGAAAAAAA